UUGGACUAAAACGCGAUCACUACCGCAUGCUAUUUCACACCUGCAGGCAGGUGGACAACCUCCUGCUCAUCACCUGCAUUGACGGAGUUCUGGCUGCAACAGCGGAAUUGAGCAAGUGGUUCCAGCAGAGUGAUCUCGCCCUCGUUGACGUGCAUCAGUACCUGGAACUAGGGCUACGGCACCUGAUCAACGCCUACACCUACCACAAGGAGGGCGAGACGUCGAACGCACCUCCAUCCUUUACGGCACCCAUCCAGGCCCUGAUCAAGGACCUUGCAGCGAAGGAUGGCGUGUUCCACGGCCACCAGAUGGUGCUGACAACCCCUCCCACGACGAUCGCGCCUGCCACCACCACCACCGCCACCACGACAGCGGAGUCUGACAGCGACAAUGACGGCUCUGACACCAACACUGACACGACAGCGGAGUCUGGCAGCGACGAUGAUGACACGGCACCUACGGCACCGAGCUGGGCGGCUUUCCCUCAGACUCUAUUCCGCAGCAAGCUUGCUCUCAGCAGCAUGGUCAAGAAGCUGGUUGAGAACAUCAAAAUGCGAUUCCCCGCUGAUGUCUCAGUGGCUGCAAAGUUUGGGGUGCUGGGCCCCCGUGCAUUGGCUGCUGAUUCCGGUGUGCCGAAGUAUGGCGAGGAAGAGGUGGCCGCUUUGGCACAGCACUUUAAGCCCGUCUUGGGUGAUGAUUGCCUGUUGGCAGUUGACCAGUGGGUGAUGGCUCGGGCGCGCCUGAUUGCAGUGGCAAAGGAGCAGAAGAAGAGUGGUGAUGUUAUGAAGGCGAGGCCGUUCUAUGAGAGGCUCUUGUCGUGGCUGUCUGGCAUGGGCCGUGAGCUCACUGUCCUGGUGCAGAUUAUGCUUGUGCUGCAGCCAUCUACGGCAGAAGUUGAGCGUGGCUUCAGCGCGAUGAAUGACAUCAAGACGCCUGGCCGGGCAAGCAUGAAGCUUGGCACCCUUGACGUACUGAUGCGUGUGCGCCUUGUGGGCCCACCAAUUGCGUACCAGCAGCGGCCUGUGGCUGGUGUCUCCCUUGCCCCGUAUGCUGAGUUUGAUGCAACGCUGCUGGGGCCUGCAGUUCAGAAGUUCGCUGCAAAGCUUGGCCGCGUGCCCCAGCGCAGCAGCCACAACGCCCGCCCGUCCCGUGUGAAGCAUCGUGUGUGUGAGAUUGAUGUCAAGGCACUUCUGAAGGAGGCUGAGGAGGAGGCCGUUCAGAAUGUGGAUGUCUCGUGCUAAUAAUUUGGCAUACGAACGUUUGAAUUCUUUGAAAGCGGUCCAUCUAGCAAAUACAUACCCGAUACGAUUGUGUAUGAUUGAAACGUUGAAAGAAGGGACGAUAGUGUAUUGGGGAUUCGAUGCACGAGGGUGUGUGCCGACGUGUGAAGAUGACUAAACUGGAAGCGGUUAGGCCGCGAUGGCGCUCUGCCUGUGUGUAUGUGCGGUAGAACUGUGACUGGUCAUGGCUUUGGCCCCGGCACUUCGGUGACAGCAAGCAGUUAGCAGGUAUAGCAUGUACGCCGCGCAGGCAAGCGAAGGCUCAGAGUUGCUUGGGGAAACGCGCUGCGACAUGCCUGUGCAUAUGAUCGCAUUUGGACUUGUUCAUUAGUGUUGCACUGCGUGAAACAGAUACAAAAGCCGCCGUUUACAGUUGCGAAAAAGCGAAAUUGCAACAUGUCAAGAUGUCUAGACAUUUUACAUGGCUUCCACAAAGGCACUUUGUCUAGACAAAAAAAUCGUGGAUUUGGGGGCCUGUUUGUCUACCCCCUUGACAAAAAUUUCCGCUCCAGAGGCCAGGAAUGUCUGGGUCAAGACAUUCCCCCGCAAACAAGAU